CGCGGGAGCAAGGAGCGGCCGUUAAACUUCGAGAAGAAUCAGAAGGGUGAGUGAUCGAACCCUAUAGACAACAAGGGCGAGAUCUCCAUGCGAGCUCUGCAAGAACAACGUGAGAGUCAGCAACAGCGAGGAACCACCGCCAAUUCUUCGGAUAGCCAGGAAUUCUGGCAGAAUAAGGAUAAUUCGAAGAAACGGCGGGAUUCCGAUGGAGUUGAACGUAGGUUGCUUGAACUGUGGGUGUGAACUAAGAUGGGUCUGUGUGAUAGGGCAGUGCCAUCGACCACAAAAUGGUGAUGAUGAGGUAAUACUAUGGAGAGCGAAUGAUGUCGAUCAGAUUCUGCGGAAUAGACGGGAUGAUUCUCACAAUCCAGGGGAUGAUAAUGACGAUAAUGCUGAUGAUGCUGAUGAUGCUGAUGAUGAUGAUGAUGAUGAAUAUGAUGAUGAUGAUGAUGAUGAUGAUGAUGAUGAAGAUGUUAAUCAUGCCGAGGAAGAUAACGGGGAUAUGGGUCGUUGGAAUCAGAAGACUGGAGAUGGCGAAAAUGAUGGUGAAAAUCUGAAGUCUGGGUACGGCGAUAAUGAUGGUGAUAAUGAAUCGUUGGCAUCGUUGGAAUCAGCUCAAAAUGGCAAUCGCAACCAUGAUGAUGAGGAGGAGGAGGAGGAUGGGGAUUAUGGUGGUAUGAAUAGUUGGACUCUGAAGAUUGGGGAUCAUGGCGAUAAUGAGGAUGAUAAUGAAUCUUUGACAGCGUUGGAAUCACGGCAAAAUGGUGAUCGUGAUGAUGAUGAUGAGGAGGAGGAGGAGGAUGGGGAUAAUGGUGAUAUGAGUCGUUGGAAUUAGAACACUGGGGAAUCCGAUUAAGAAAAGGACGACCAUAACGCAGAACUGGGCGGUACAGUCCAUUGGGAUA